AUGAGCAACGCUGCCGUCGCCGACAGAGGCGCUUACCUGUCUCAACAGAAGGACUAUAACCAUGCCACAGACACGGAGUACAAACGUCUCAGGGGGCUGGCUGACGAUGCCUACAAGAAACGGCAGACACUCUCCCAGCAAUCCCAGCAUGCAUUCAAAAACGGUGAUAAAGGUGAGGCCCACACCCUCAGCGAACAAGCGAAAGAACAGCUCCAGGUUGCCGAGAAGUAUAACAUGCAGGCUGCAGAAUACGUCUUCACUCAAAACAACGCCGAUAGCGACUCGAACGAGAUAGACUUGCACGGAUUGUACACGAAGGAAGCACAGUGGAUCUUGCAGAGAAGGAUAGCUGCAGGCGUGGCUAACCAGGAACAAAAACUUGAGGUAAUUGUUGGUAAGGGUAUCCACUCCCAAAACGGUAUCGCUAAGAUAAAGCCUGCAGUCGAAGAACUUUGCCAGCAAGCCAAUUUGCCAAACUAUGUGGAUCCCAAAAACUCGGGUGUUUUGAUCAUCGAGCUCCAAAACGCACAGGUACCAAAUUCUUGGCAGUCGAUGGAUUAUUCGACAUAUGCCCACAACAACACGGUCAGCCGCCCCAACCAAAAUGCAAAGCCCUCGCAGACCCGCCCCCAACACAAUUAUGUCCAGCAGCAACAGCCUCAAUACCAGCAGCAGCCUCAACAGCAGCACAAUGGCAACCAGGGAAACAACAAGAAUGGAGAUCUUGUUUCUACGCUGUUGAAAUUCGUGUGCAUGUGCAUCAAAAAGAAUAUGUAA